GAGGAAACUUUGAGAGACACAACAACAUUGUCAGCACACACUGCCAACAUGCUGUGGAGCCUCUGCACUCUCAUCACUGCUCUAACAUGUGUGAGUGGUGUGAUUCUGGUGACACAGAAGCCUCCUUUUGUGACGCUGAGAACAGGACAGACAGGCUCCAUGGACUGUAACCUGGGAACUGUUACUGAUAAUUCAGCUCGCUGGUAUAAACAGGUUCCAGGAGGAGUUCCUCAGUUUGUGUUGAUGUUUCGCCACAGCUGGAGCUCUGUGAGCUAUGGCUCUGGAUUCUCCGCUCCCAAAUUCACAUCAAAUCAUCAGUCACAAACAGAUUAUCGUCUGAUCAUCAACAAUGUGGAGGAGGGAGACUCAGCCGUCUAUUACUGUAAAACAUGGGACAGCUCUGUCAAAGAGUACGUAUUCGGACAAGGCACCAAGCUGAUUGUGACAGGCUCCACCCUCCCUCCUCCUGUCUUGACAGUCUUCCCUCCGUCCGCUGAUGAGCUCCAGUCCAACAAAGCCACUCUGGUGUGUGUGGCCAGUCUGCCCAGUCCGUCUCUGGGUUUUGCAGAUGUUACCUGGACGGCUGCCGGGAGUCCAGUGAGCAGUGGGGUCUCUAGCAGCAGCGCUGUUCAGCAGCCGGACCAGACUUUCCACAUCAGCAGCUAUCUGGCCAUCCAGACGGCAGACUGGAAGCGGGAUAAGGCCUACACAUGUCAAGUGUCUGUGGGCUCCAAGGCUUCAGAGAAAAGCAUCAAGAAGUCAGACUGCAGCACUUAAGAGCAGCAGGCUGACACAAUUACCAAUAUAUCUUGUGCAUACUGAGCUUUGGAAAAUUUAGAGUUCAGAAAUCAUGAUGUUUAGAGAGUAAAAAAAAAAAAAA